UGUAGCAACGAUGGACUCUCUCUGUGCAACUUGUGUUUGCUCGCACCUGACCGUUUGCACGCUGGAGUCUCUCUCUCGAGUCCCCCCCCUUGUAUCUGUUCGCUCUGAGUUCUGCGCCUUCAGCCUGCUGACUGUACCCCCCCCCCCGCGCUUUUUGCUCCUCCUUAGGGGGGGCUGAGGGGGGAGCUUCACAUCCAGUGGUGUAUCUGGGACGAGGCAGCAGCAAACGAGCCUCCGAUCGCAUCCACCGGGAGGGGGGUGGGGAAGGGAGGGAGCAAUUGAAUUUCAAACACAAACAACUGCAUGGGGCACCGACCCGUCUCCCGGGAGCCAACCUGCUGCUAGCACCACCGGCUCCCAUCCCCCACCCCCACCCCAGCCCCCAGGCCGCUUGCUCUCCGGAGGGGUGGGGGAGAGCCGCUUGCCGGAUCGCUGGGGUUUGCCUCCAAACUUCACCCUCCUCCCCCACCACCUAAGCCCGCACCCCCCUCCCCCCACUUUCCAGCAGCCUGGCGCUCAAGGCGAAGAUGUCCCGGUCCAACAGGCAGAAGGAGUAUAAAUGCGGGGACCUGGUGUUUGCCAAGAUGAAGGGCUACCCCCACUGGCCUGCUAGGAUCGACGAGAUGCCAGAAUCUGCCGUCAAAUCCUCCUCCAAUAAAUACCAAGUCUUCUUCUUCGGGACCCAUGAAACGGCGUUCCUGGGUCCCAAAGACCUCUUCCCUUACGAAGAGUGCAAGGAGAAGUUCGGGAAGCCCAACAAACGGAAAGGGUUCAGUGAAGGCUUGUGGGAGAUAGAGAACAACCCGACUGUCAAAGCCUCUGGGUAUCAGCCAACCCAGAAGAAGAGCUGCCCAGAGGGUGCUGAGCCCGAGCAGGAGCUGGAGGGCGACGGUGAGAAGAAAGGCAAUGCAGAGGGCAGCAGUGACGAAGAGGGCAAGCUGGUGAUCGACGAGCAAACCAAGGAGAAGAACGAGAAGGCUGGGAUCAAGAGGAAAGCGGAAGAUGCCUUGGAGGACUCCCCUAAACGCGCCAAAGAGGCGGGGGGCCAGGAAGGGGAGAAGAAAGUAGAGAACGAAGACGUCCCCAAGGAGGGAGAGAAACAGAAGCCCAGCCCCCCCGAAGGGGAGAAAGAGAAGAACAGUGACCCCGCUGGAGUCCUGGACGCGAGAGAGGCCAAGCCAGAGGGGAAGGAGAAAGCUGCCAUGGAGGAAAUCAGAGAUCACAAGGAGAGUCUGUAGCUGGCCGACCUUCCCAAGCUGAGCUGAUCGUCUGGGCUGUUCCUUUCCCGCUGGGUUCCCUGGGUGCUAAACAGUUUCGUUCCUCAUCGGCUCGUCGUGUCUGCAAUUUGGGAAAAAAAGAAAUAAAAAGAAACCAGUAACACGAACCAUCCCGUCUCUCCCCCUUCCCUCCCCCCGCCCACCCGUAGCAGGGCGCAUGCUUGUAAUAGUGAUUUCUAGGGGGCGCUGAUCAGUUGAUUUGAAAUAAAAGCGAUUCAUGCCUUUUUAAAAUGUUUCCUAUCACUUCCUACAAAUUGCUUUCUCUUCAGUGGUGCUUUCGCGAGGGUUUAAAGUCAGGUGAUCUCCGGGGAGGAGGGGCAGAGUUGGAGUCUGUCUCUUUCAAGAAUUGCUGGAUAGUUCCAUUUUGUUUUUGUGGGGUUUCCUUGAUGAAAUUUAGAUGAAUUGGGCCUUAUUCUCAUUUACACGAAGGCCCCUUGAUGCUGCAUGAGCCUUGUUAAAAGGGCCUUAAAGUGCGCACAAAGGACCCUUUACGUGGUCAGAGCAAUGUCAGAGGGCCUUCAUGUAAAUGUGAAUCAUGGCCCAUUGGUCUGUUUCCAGUUCUGAGUCCCAGAAGAGCAACAGCAGAGGGAGAUGCACCAAUCAGAUUUGGAAAUCUUGCUCUUGUGAUGAUGCAGCACAGAGAUCCCUGACCUAACUGUGCAUUCCCUGCUCCAUAAAUGGGAUUCACCAUUGGCUUAUGCUUCCUGCUUUGUUAAUGGGCACGAGUUCUUUUAAACAGGACCAGGGGCGUGAUGUCCUGCUUUGCCCCAGCUGCCGUUUUCCAUAGCCGCUGUCCAUCAGACAGGCUUAGAUAGGUCUUGUUCUUUGUAAGGUCUCCCCUCAAACUCGGUGUCAAGCGAUGCUCUGCAGUUGGUGCCCACUUUCUCAAGGCAUCACAAAACGCCAGCCUUGCUGCCGUCCUAGGCUGAUUACAGGAAGUGCACCUCCGUCUUACCAGGUCAUCUUUCAGCGGGUCGAUUGGCUGAGCUGCUGCAGGAUGGGAUUGGAUGGCUCGGGGAUAGAAUUGGCUGAAUUUUUUUUUUUUUUUUUUUUUGUUUUGUUUACCUCUGUGGAAAAUUUAGAUUUUUUGGCAGGAAUUUCAAUACCAAAAACAUUUGGCCAAAAACUAAAAAAAGUCAACUGGGAAAUGUUGCAGCGGCUCAUGUGAGUUGUAGUUCAGGUCAGACUCCCUGGUCAGAGUACAUCUCCCAUGAUGCACCAGAGUUUCCCUUCUUGGAGAGAAGAACCAGUUCAUCCUGGGAGCCCCUGGCCAUGGUGCAUCUUGGGAGAUUCCCAUGAUGCACUGUGGCAGCAUUUCCAAAUCAACAUAUUUCCGUUUUUGCGCAUUUGGUUUUUCAGCCAAAAAAAAAAAACAUUCAAAAUUUCUGCGGCAAAACAAAUUUUUCUUAAACUAUUUUAUUUAGUCGCAAACCCAAUUUUCGGACAAAACCCAGUUUUGAUGGAAAAAACUUUCAGCCAGACUCCGACAGGAGAUUAGUGGUAGGCUUUGAAGUUCUUUGUCUCUGGGGCCCCAUUUUGGAUGCAGUGCAAUGGAGGACGGUUGCGCCGUUUUGUGGCCUUCAUAUGGUGAUUGACUGUUCUUGGACCAGUGGGCAGAUGUGUCUGAAAACCGUCACCAUUUGCCCCUAAAUUGCUGAGACUGCCAGAGAAGCCAAUGCCUGAGUGAGCCACUCUUCCCACUGGGGAAGCGUUGUGGAGUGAUGUGUGCGGCCCAAGCUUAUGAAUCAAGAGGCCAAGAGCUGUCCCUCCAGUACCUUUCACCCAGCACUAAAUUCAUUUUCAAAAUUUCAAAGACAGUGGUGAGGAUUGCCUAUACGCCUAUAAGGAGAGGGACAAGUUUUAUCCACCAUUUCUAUCCUGUCUGUGAUCCCAAGAAUCCGGACAGUCUGUGUUUCUGGUGCCAUUCUGUAGAUUUCAGCGGAAGCUACAAGCAGAUCUGAACUCUUUUGACAACAGCUCACAAACUCCUGCCUCCAAAUUGUUCAGCUGAUCAGAAAUCCCUCGAUUUGCUGCACACUCUGCCCCCUCUUCCUAUUGGGGGAGGUAAUGAGUGAACCCACGGAAAUCCAUGAAGUGUGCACUCUGCUAUAGGGACAUCUCUUACUUUAUUUCAGUAGGCUUUUUUUUAAUUAUUGUUUUUAACUGAAUAGCUAAAGUGUUUUAAUGCUUCUAGCCUCCAUGUGGCGGUUUGGAAUUAGCAGAGAUCUGUGAUCGCUGCUAGUCCUGGUUUGGUCUGAUCAGUGAUAUUGUGGCCAGUUGGGCUAGACAGAUUUCUGCAUGUUGCUAUGUUUUAUCUGGGUGUUUUUUUACACUGCUGACAGGCACAAGAUUGCCAGAAUUUAUCGGCGAGGAGGGAAAAAAUUUAGGAAAAUGCUGACUAAUUGCAUGCAAUUUUACCUGUAUUUCAAGCAGCUAUAGAGCUGAUUGACAGAUUUGAAAAUUUCAGUAGAGGAAAAAAAUUGGAGAUUUUUACCAAAAAACCCCCAAAACCCACCCAAUGGACAUGAGGGUGCAGUUAGCGACCUUCAGACGCCUGGGUUUGCCAGUCUGGUUCAAUCUUUUAAGGGAUGCAAAGGAUACACCCAAAGAGUUGCUCAACGAGAUGAGGGCUUUGAUACAGUUGGCUGCCACCCACGUGAUAUUUCUGAAACUUUCGUGACCAGAGCUGGUCAAAAUUCCUGCAGGAGUUUAAAAUUGUGACACAAUUCUUGUUGGAAUGAUGAAAUUUCGACACAAUUCUUGCCUGACUUUUGAAACUUUUGCUGCCAUUUUGACAAAGAUUUAAAUGUUGACCACGUUUAUUUUUAAAAAAUGGGGAAAAUUUCUAUAGUUGAAAAAAUUCAAAACCAUUACUUUUUUUUUUUUUUUGAGACAAUAGAGGAAAAAAUGUCCCCUCCUUACUGGCCCUCCCACCCGUAACCAGCUGUAUUCUUGACCAUCACGUUGAAGGACAAAGUAGCAAAACCUUGGAGGAUAUAAAGCGCUGAUUUGCUGGCACGUUGCUGCUGACUGUUGCCCAGAGGCGGAACAAAGCUCUGGGUUGAAAGUAGUUUUCAUUCCGAAUCUAGUGGCUUGGCGUGGCUAUGCAGCCACAGGGCUGGGGUUCCGUGUAAAUCCUACGCGGUCACAGAUCAAGAGGUCUCCCAGCAGGGUGUUUUUGGGUUAUUUGAGCUCUGGAUUUCGGCCUUGAUCCUGCUGCAGGUUUUUCCGUUUGACAUGAAUGGGAACAGGGGCAGACUGUGCAUUGCCUCGAGCCCAGUUUUUUGCCUGUCUAAUGGGCCUGGUUCUCCAGCGCCCUGUGCAGUCGUUUACGUAGGUGGAAAAUGCUACCGAUGCCACCCACUUGUUUUGCUCUGGUGUCAAGGAUUGUCCGGCGGGCAGGCCAGUGGAGAGCUGGGUACCAGGCAUUUGCAGAUUUCAGUGCCAGGAACUAGCAGGGCAGCUGCUGUUCCACAGAGACAGCUGGAAGAUUGUCCCUCUGAUUUUGCAGGACUUUUUUGGAAGGUCUAUUUGAGCAUUCUGCUGGGCAACAGCAGGAGGUGGGCUAUUGUUGGGCAGAGCCUUUCUAGGAGAUAUCUGUGUGAGGAGGAGUCUUCCCUAAAGGAGACCCCCUUUCUCCAAAAGCCCCACAUUCCAGCAGCUCCUGUUGGCUAAGGGGAACCCAUCAAUGAUGCCAUUUUGGGGGUGCUCCCUUUGCUAGAAGCUGUGUGUGCUGCUCCUCCAGGGCUCCCAGACCCUCCAUCCCAGGAAGCGAGGACAGGAAUGGGGGCGUCCACCCACAAGAAACUGGGGGUAUGCUGCCUCCAUGGCGCUUCCAGCCCUCACCAGACAGGGGGCACACCUCAAAGCAUAACAGUCUUAGCACCCUCAGGACGUCUGCCGGACUCCUAAAUGGGGUAGCCAGAGACCAAGUCUAGGGCUGAAAUCCCAGAGGAAGACACUGGCUUGAUUCUUGGUUGCUCUGUUCCUGUGCUUGGAGCAGGGGUUGUGUUUGGGAUGGUGGGGGAGAGUUGCUUUAGAGCUCCUUUAUGGUCUCUAGACCCAAUUACCCUUCACCCAGCACCUUGUGUGCUUACUUACACCAGUGGCUGUGAAUCAAUACCAAAGCAUACCGCAGAAGGCACAGGGCAAUGGAAAAUCAGGCCUCCUGUGAUCCAUGAGCGUGCAGAAACCCUUCCCAGUCUGCAGUUUAAAUUAGAGCAGCCUUCGGGGUGCUCUAACUUAUGCUCUGCUCCCCAUGUCCCUUAAAGGGCCCUGGGAAGCAGUCACAUCCCUGAUCUGCCCCCUUACACCAACUCCCCGCCCUGGUGUGGGAUUCUCAGAGAGCCAGUUCCACCUAUAUUAAGGCUCCAAACGGCCAACCUGAGCGUGACUGAGAAUCAGAGCACUAACCUCAGGGGCCGCCAGUUUGACCCCAGGGAAUGUGCCUAUAAAAUAAUGGGAACUAGACCUCACUUGUGAUCCAAGUGGCAACCUGAGUCCAGGUCUCCAGGGGGAUGUAAGACACAUUCAUUCAGCACCUGUUGUGGAAAUGUGCACGGAUGGUUUGUUCUUUUUUUCCCAGCGCAGCUUGUGGUCAUGGAUCCGAAAGGAAAUUCACAAAGGCUUCUGGGGAAUAUUUAUCAAAAUAUUUUUUAAAAAGGAAAAAUAAAAUAGGAUGGCAUUUUUACCAAAAAAUAAAUAUAUAUUAAAAAAAGUUCUUAAAAAUGAAACAAUGAUGAAUAGCUGGAAAGGUAAUUGGUUUAGUGAAUGACUUUUUUUUUUUUUUUUGUAGUCUGGCUUAUUUUUAAACUUGUGUUUCUACCUUUCCCUGAGCCCAGGUGUCUCCUCUUUUUCUCUGUCUCGCUCUCCCGUCUUUCUCGCUAUGUGCUGUAAUCGUAUUCCGAUUUGUAACAUACGGAGGAAAAUAAAAGACAAACAACCCUGCCUUGGUUCUUUCUGAGGCUGUGAUGAACACUAUUGUUGAAUUUAGCUUUGGAAUAGUAUAGAGAAUAAAAAAACCACAGAAAAAUGUAGAUUUCAAUUCUCUAGGACAAUAAAAAAUGUUGAUUAUUAUAAG